CCUCGACGCGGGUGAAGCCGCGGGCGAAAAGCUAGUACUAGUAUAUACUAUAGAUUUCUAGACACAUAUAUAGUAUAGAUAAUUACCACUAGACCAAGAAGCCAGUAAAGACUUGUUUUCUGAUACGAUUACGUCAUUAAUUUAUGAAUAAUUGUAAAAGUGUGUUAUUUUGCUACCUCGUUAGUUUAUCAGUGCACUUACAUGAAGGACAGACAGUAUACUUUAUCAGAAACUACUUAAUGACUAACAUUGAUAGUUUAUAUUCACCUUGAAAACUAGAAGUAUUAACCACUGAACAUAGGAAAUAACGUGGAAGUGCCUAUACAAUGCCACUGUAGUGUCCUAGCGUUGAUGCAGCAAUAGUCUAGUGGCCAAGCCGCAUGACUGACAACUUAAGGGUCCCGAGUUCGAUCCCAAGGCAUGUGCCGACUUUUCACAGCUUCCUUGUAUUGCAAGGGGAGUCAAGUGUGGGUCUUGGACCUUAUCUCUUUUCAGUCACAGAUUCCCGUCCAUAUAUGAAGUCAAAAAUAGGUUUUUCAUAUUUGCCCGAUUUAAGAGUGUUUACAAGUGAUGUAAAAGUGACUAGUUUCAACUUAUCUACGCACUCAAUGAUAAAACACUCAGUAAACGAUGAAUAGUUUAAUUUCAAACGGUAUUCUGUUAACUUGUGUGUUGUGUGAGUUACAUCAAAAAUAAUGUUUCGAGGUUUCGCCAAAUAUCUUAUUUACUCCGUCAAUUUGGUUUUUACGCUAAUAGGGCUAUUAAUUACAGCCCUUGGUGCGUUUAUAGUGAUCAAGAUUAAUCAAUUGAAGGAAGCUGUACCAAUUUUAGGCACCAAUGAAUACCUUCAACUUGCACCAUAUGGCGUCCUUGUUUUUGGACUCAUAAUAUUUGUUGUAUCUUUUUCUGGAUGCUGCGGCACGGGUAUGCAAGUAAAAUGGUUGUUGAUACUGUACACAGUUUUCCUGUCAAUACUGAUCGCUUUGAAGCUGGCUCUUGUAGUUUUAAUGUUUAUGGCUGAUGUCAAAAAGGCUACUGACGCGACUUUAACUCAAUCAUUUGAUAAAAAUGAUGGAAUAUUGCAAGGUUGUGAAGCUUAUUUCGAAUGCUGUGGAACUUACGGUCCAGAAUCCUACAAUAACACAGGGAACCUUGUUCCAUACACAUGCUGCAAGGGUUACACUGGGAAGGAGUCCUUGACUUGCUAUAAGGACGAUGCCUACCCUGAAGGCUGUCUCACAAAGGUGGCAGCUAAGGUCAGCAAGUUUGUGAGGAAUACUGCCAUCAGUGCCAUCGUGAUAAUGGCCUUUGAGUGCGCGUUUCUUGGUGUCACGAUAUAUUUGAUCAGAACUAUUAAACCCAAAGAGGGGUGUAAACCAGAAGAAGAUAAAACAGAGAAAGAGAAUAGCUAAGAAAAAUAUUCAUCCAUCAAUGCCUUGCCUAAAUUAGCGAGACCUAGAAAGCUGAUUACUUUCAAAGUUAUAACCAAGAAUAAAAUGGGAUUUUUGAAAAUUGUUGAGCGUAUUUAAAAUUUUAUCAAAAAGAGUCAUGCUGUUUAGCAUAUUUUUAUGGCAGUUAAGUCAUAUCCUUUGUAUUUAUUGUAUGACAGAUGCGUAUUAGUUUUGACAAAAAAAUAAGAUUGUAUUGUAAUAUGACAAGUGUCUAUCAUUUGUUUUAAUCAACAAUAACUGU